CUGGUUUGUGGCGAUGACGAGGACACGCAGACCAUCGACCCGACCCCUUGUAAACUGGAUCACGUGACAAUCAUUCACCUGACCACCAUGCCUGCACGUCCCUCCCAUCACCGCCACACAUGCUUAUGUCUCUCGCUACUCGGGGGUCGAGUGCCGGCGCUGCGAGUUGUAUAACAGCGGACCGCAGGCUACACCAUAAGCGGUGAGCUGCACUGACAGUCUGCCUCUCCCACCCUAAAACAGCCAUUUGGAGUCUACAGUGGCGAAAGGCGCUCGUGGGUGAACAGUUUAUUGGACACUCCAUUCGCAACGGCUGCGUUCUUCGAUGGAGAUGGACCAAGCGAAGCAUGUCUCCUUCUGGCUGCGCCAUUUGCGCAUGCUUCCCACGCCAUACCAAUCUGCUGAUACGCAAAGAAUGACCAUCGGCUACUUUUGUCUUUCGGCAUUGGACGUUCUUAGCGCGGUAGAGAGUCAUUUGCUAAAGACGGAGCGAGAAGAGCUCGCCGACUGGGUGUAUGAACAGCAGAUUCCCCCAGCCAUGGGAGGUGGGUUUCGAGGAUCGCCCACAGCGGGAACGGUCCCUUCUACUUCUCAGCACGCAUUCACAACUGGGGCAAUGGGACAUCUCGCAAUGACCUACACUGCGCUUCUCACCCUCGCCAUUCUGAGAGACGAUUUUGGAAGAUUGAAUAUUGAAGGUCUCCAUGCACUCCUCGCUAUAUCGCAGCAAGCAGAUGGCAGUUUCACGGCUGGUCCGAGCCAAGUCGAAUGUGACGUCCGAUUCACCUUUUGCGCCUUUGCGAUCGCCCAAAUGGCAGGUUGUUGGGACGCCGUCGACAUCGAUCAGGCAUUGCGGUUCCUAGCACGAUGUAGAAAUUACGACGGUGGCUUUUCGCAAGCGCCAAUGCAAGAAUCUCACGGAGGAUCCUCCUACUGUGCAAUUGCUGCAUUCAAAUUGGCCGACCGUAUUGAUUUCAUUACAGAACUUCCCUCAUUACGACGUUGGCUAAUCUCGCGACAACAAGUCGGUACCGGCUUCAAUGGGAGAUCAGAAAAGCCUGUAGACACCUGCUAUUCGUUCUGGUGUGGGGCAUCAUUAGCUAUGGUCGGCGCUGACGAGAUGAUCGAUCGCUCGGCCGAUAUUCGAUGGCUCCUGGGCAAUCAAAGCAGGAUCGGUGGUUUCGCAAAGGUAGCAGGCGAAGCUCCUGAUGCAAUGCACUCCUACAUGGGAACUGCGGCACUUGCUUUGCACCGUUAUAACCCUGCAACUUCGUCCGCAGACACGGGGGAGGCACACGCGCCGUCAUUGCAGGAGUUGCUACCAGAGUUGAACCUGAGUCGAGGUAGUUCACAAUGGAUCAAGAUGCAGUUGCGGAAGAAGCAUCGAGAAAUGGAUCCGUCUUGAUCACUUAUGAUGCAUGCCUGCGUAGUGGUCGCUCACGUAUGCUGGAGGGAGCGCGAUGCAUGUAAACGCCUUCGAACUGUUCCUGCUCGUCAUCGUCACCGCCGGCUCCUUCGCGUCCAUGCGCGCCGUAAUAUACAUUCGCAG